AUCAAGCUUUAUAAAUAUUGAACUUCCCAAAGUUCCGUUUGGUACGAGUUUACAUGUUGCUGUGGAUUAUCAACCAUGAGCAACGUGGCUAAGUUUCUCAGAUACUCUUCACUCACUAUCUUCGAACAACCCAUUGCAAAGGACCUUUGGCCAUCCUCUACUUCUUCUUUCUAGCUUCUUCUUCUAGGGUUCUUGCCUUUGGGUAAUCUUUGUUGUUGGGUUUUUUUUUUUUUGAAGAAAAUAUGAGUAGUGGAGAGAAAAGCUUGAGGAACUUCCAUUUACACCUACCACACCUUCAUCAUCAUCAUCAUCAAGGGAAGAAACAAACGAGGGAUGUGCCAAAAGGGUAUUUGGCAAUCAUGGUGGGAUCACAAGGAGAGGAGCGACAGAGAUUUGUGGUGCCUGUUAUGUACUUCAAUCACCCCUUGUUCAUGCGACUGUUGAAAGAGGCGGAGGAAGAGUACGGGUUCGACCAGAAGGGAACCAUCACAAUCCCCUGUCAUGUGGAAGAAUUCAGGAAUAUACGGGGCUUGAUUGAUAAGGAAAAGUCUCUUCAUCAUCAUCAUCACCAUCAUCAUGUGGGUUGUUUUAGGGUUUGAAUAAUUUGUUGUUAUUUACUUCAAUGGUUUUCAAACAAACUCGGGCGAAAACCAUGACCAUGAUUCACUUCAAUAGUCUAUCUUCUUCAGUUUUUGUGGGUUGAUUUUGUAAAUUUGGGGGCUGUUUUCUUUUUUCAGUUUGUUUUUUGGCUAGGCCUUAGAUGGUUGACGAGGAUGAUGAUAAAAAAGAUGAUGCGAUAAUGGUUACAGAUGUUGCUUCCAAUUGUAGUGACUUUGGGUUAUUUUCUUAGAACUGUAAUGAAAAUAAUAAAAAAUAAAAAAUUAAGCAAA